CGUGUGUUCUCGUGGAGGUCCAUGAUGCUCCUACUGCUUCACCUGUCCUUCGUGAUAAACACCAUCCCCAGGAACACAGCCCCCAUGGCCAUAGUGUGUAUGGUCAGACCCCGAUCAGGCGAUGGCUCAAGGGAUGGGUCGACGAAUGCCACGAUGAUCGGAGUAACUGAGGGUUCGCUCGGUUCACAGAUGGAAGGGGCGCUCAGUGCGGCUGUUCAGAUGAAUACGACGGGUGAGAAUGUGAGUUGAACAAAAGUAUACAAAGUCAAAAUUGGGUAGGUAGCAUUGAUUACCUAUUGCUGAGUUUUACUUCAAUAUAAAAUGAAACAUAUCUAAAAGAAUGUGUGCACCAUGUCAGUUGUCCUCUACUCAGACUGUGAUCCACAAUGUCUUUUUUUUUUCCUCAAUGCGUGAAUAUUUGCUUUUCUUAGAAAUUUCAACUUUUUUUUCUGAACUUCGUACAGCUAACAUAUAUAUGAACAAAUUGUAUGUUAUUGAAAUCCUUACACCGCUUGACGAGGCUUGUGCAAAAUUUGUUUUUAGCCCAAUUUCAACAUACCACUUACUAGUCGGUGUGGAGGGUAGGGGGUGUAAGUUUUCAAGUAUCCUUUUUUCAUUUAAAAAAUGCUAAAAUAAAAACAGAUACAUAAUUUUUGUUUUGAGAAUUUAAAAUGUGUGUAAUUAUUGUUCAUAUUUUUUUUUACUCCCCCUCCCCCCCCCCCUCUUGGCCUCCAUCAGUCUGAUGAUUUUGAGUUUGACUGGAACUCCAACACCGUGGGACUUGUCUUGUCAUCCAUCACAUUCACGUCAUGGGUGGGACCAUUCUUUGCUAACCUGGUAAGCGGUUACCUUGGCAACAAGUGGACCAUGACGCUGCUGACUUUUGGCUCUGCAUUGACGACUUUGUUAUCUCCCCCUGCUGCACGCAUUGGACCGAAUGUUCUGGUCGGACUCAGGAUAAUCUCAGGACUGGCAUUUGUGAGUAGUUUAUGGUCAUCUGAGCACAGGCACUGAUGAGUAGUUUAUGGUCAUCUGAGCACAGGCACUGGUGAGUAGUUUAUGGUCAUCUGAGGACUGGUACUGGUGAGUACUUUAUGGUCAUCUGCGGACUCGCAUUUGUGAGUAGUUUAUGGUCAUCUAAGAACUGUCACUGGUGAGUAGUUUAUGGUCAUGUGAGCACAGGCCCUGGUGAGUAGUUUAUGGUCAUCUGAGGACUCACACUGGUGAGUAGUUUAUGGUCAUCUGAGGACUCACACUGGUGAGUAGUUUAUGGUCAUCUGAGGACUGGCACUUGUGAGCAGUUUAUGAUCAUCUGAGGACUCACACUGGUGAGUAGUUUAUGGUCAUCCCAAUAUUUGCUACACCCUUCCCCCAUGUUAAGUUAAUUCACACUUUUCAUUUCACGCCCAUGAAUUAUAUUAAUAUUCUCAUAUCCCAACCACUUUUAAACCGAAUAUUUUUUACACCAUAAUUAAAUUGAGACGAUUUCAUUUCCGAAAAGAAAAUAUUACGUACCAAUCGCAAUUGCAUUUUUAAAAAAAAAAAUAUUUAUAUAUCAUUCAGCGUAGUUAUCGAGAAUUUUGCAUGCUAGUGAACUCAUUAUUUAACCACACUCUGGCGUAUCUAAAUAUGGCCUGCGUGGUGGUGUUUCCCUCUCAUUUCCAAUCCCAAUGACCACCAUUGAAAGCAUGGAGAUAUUGUUAUAUUUUGUUAGCAUUCCAUUUUUUUUUUACAUUCCCCCCACUCCAGGGAGCAAACUUGCCUAUUGUUUCUGACACAAUUGUCUGGUGGACUCCAGAAUCUGAGAGGCUGACCGCAACAGCUGUGACAUUUUCUGGUAUGUUGAGCCUUAAGUUCAUAGCGUCGUAUAUCCUUCAGAAAAGAAAACCUUAACUCAAUUUUAAUGUAUACGAUUCCAAAAUGUAUUAUCAUCAAAAAAAAACCAAACUCAUGGUUUUACUUCACGUCCUAGUAGUUAUUCUUAAGUGAUGUUACUAAUCUAUUAAAAUAUACGGUCCUGUGAUAGACACUGAUUGAUACAGAAUUCGUUCAAACAACCAGGAGAUUUAUUAAUUGUUCGAAGUCCCUUUCAAAAUCCCCCCAAAAAUGCAAAAAAGCAGACUGUACUGGACAGGUCACAUUGAGAGGAUGCGCGAAUUUUAGAGCAUCACAAGAGUUAUCUAAAGGCAGAAGCCUGGAGGCAGACGUCUCACCGGUCCAGGGCCGGCCUUAGGCCACUGCAACCUAUGCGGCCCUGCCCAGGUCGACCAAUACUGAAACGGGUCUGCAAUAUUCAGCACGACUUACACCAGCUGGAGGUCCGCGCGUGGAGGCGGAAAGACGUGGAUCUAUCCAAAUGGAAGGAUGUGGUGGAGCAGACCUGGGCCCUAAACGGGCUGUAGCGCCACGAAUGAUAAAUGAAAGAAAAUGAUUUUUUUUUUUUAAAUGCUCCAUACAACUCAAGUUUCAAAGUAAAAUAACGAAGACCUUGAUUGUCAACUCAACAUUUUUAGAAACCAUUUCCAGUUUAUUGUAUGUUCCCCAGGGGUUAACAUGGCCGGCAUCGUCACCUUCUUCAUCGCUGGCUUUUUGUGCUCUGUUCCCAUAGACAACGGCUGGCCCUUUGUCUUCUACAUCUUUGGUAAAAAUGAAAUUUUUCAAACUUAUUUUGUGGUGUGAUACCAGUUAUAUUUUUUGUUGUGACUUAUUCAAUGUGUAGAUUAAUGAAACAUUUAACUUAAGAACAUUUAUCCCUACUUAAUGAGCUUUUAUCUUAACUAAAAGAUUAAAAUUUGCAAAUAAUAAACGAAAAACUCUCUUGAAAAGUUCAAAUUUAUAUUCGAAAUAUUAACAAAAAAACAAAUACAAAAAAAAAAAAAAAAAAAAAAAAAAAAAAAAAAAAAAAAAAAAGAAAAAAAAAAAAAAAAAAAACACCAAAAAAAAAUAAAAAUUAAAAAAAAAAAAAAAAAAAAAAAAAAAAAAAAAAAAAAAAAAAAAAAAAAAAAAAAAAAAAAAAACGAAGGAAAAAAAGCACUCUUUUCUAUAGAAACUGCCCUGAAUGACUGGUUGACUGGCUGGCUGGUUGACUGACUAAAUGACUGGUUGACUGACUGGCUGAGUGAAUGGCUGACUGGCUGACUGACUUGAUGCCUGUCUGACUUGAUGAUUGACUGACUGACUAACUGACUGGUUGACUGGCUCAAUGACUAACUGACUGCCAGGGUGGUUGGCUGGUUUGCUGACUGACUGGCUGACUGACUGAAUUGCUUACUGACUGAUUGAGUCCAUAGAAACCAUCAUCGCUAUUUAAUCUAGAAAGAAGAAUUUUUGAUAGGUAAAUUAAGAUCUUGACGUAAAAAUGAAUUUUCUCUGAAAAUUUUAAAUGGGGAGGGCGUGAAUUUUUCCUAUAUUGUAAAAAAUUAGAUGAUGCUUUAAAGGUAUGGUCUCUCGAAAAAAGCAUUAAGCUGAAUUGUCCUUUUAAUAGUCUUGCCUUUUAUUUUAAGCCCAAACAUAUCUUAUCCAUUUUUAUAUUUUUCCUUCACACCGCAAAAAAACUCAUCCCCUAUUUUGAUUGAUUGUCAUAAAUCGAGCUAUUAAAAGCACAUUCAAUUAUCUGUACACAUACACAUGUUUGGUAGAAGUAUACUCAACUAUCUGUACACCAGGGGCAAUAACUCUACUGUGGACUCUAGCAUGGCACAUAAUGACUUCUCAAAAGCCCGAAGACCAUCCUUGGAUUUCCGACGAGGAGAAGUCUUUUAUCAUCGCCACACGCAGUCGUGGCAUUGGGGCUAACAAGGUAGAAAACAAAUGCAUGUAAAUCUUUGUCUGAUAGAGAAUUAUUUACUCGUAUUCGCAUCAAAUAAUCUGGAAAAAAUUAUGCAUCUUUUCAGCUUAGGAGCCAGAAUGAUCAAUUCAUUGAUCGUGGGCCCUUAAAAUAAAGAAGAAGAAGAAGCUUUAAAUAUUGUCCGUUAAUGAAGAUUUUUAUUAAAACGAUUAUUGAAAAAAAACACAUAGAUCUACUAGAAAGAACAUACCAGGUGCCCAUUGAUGAAGAUAUCAUAAGGAAAAGAUGGAUGUGGAUAAGGCAUACGCUACGAAAACCCCUAGAUAGCACCAUCAGACAAUGCCUAACAUGGAACCUGCUGGGAAAAUCAAAGAGAGGAAGGCCUAAUAAUACAUGUAGACGCGAGCUAGAGGCAGACACGCAAAAUAUGGGAUACACCUGGAAGCAAUUGGAAAGAAAAGCACAGGACCGUGAAAAGUGGAAAAUUCAUAUAAACAGCCUACGCCCCCAAACGCGGUAGAAAGGCGUAAAGAAAAAAAGAUAAUUGAAAAAUAACGCAUCUUUUAUUAUCAAUCAGUGUCGCCACGUUACUUUUGGUGACUCCCGGUCAUCUUACGAUUGCACGCCCCAAAGUAUUCUAAUGUAAUAGUUUUAUAAUUUAUUCUUCCUUACAGCUUGGCGCCUUUUAAAUAUCCGCCCCCCCCCCCCUUUUGCACGUUGCAGCCUAAAGGGAUGCAAGGUUCCACGCGACAGCUCUGCCAACAACGUACUCAGUGAAAGACCUUAGAAACACCAUCUCGAUUAUGUAUUAACAUCAAAUCUUUUGAACUUUUACCCUCGAUUGUAAGACAAAUACAUAUGUAUGGACCUACAAACACAACUCGAUGAAACACUGACACAUACGAGUUUUUAUUUUUAAAGAAAAAUAUUUUUUGACUAUUUCUCCUUUCACUUCUUUUUUUUAAAACUUUUUUUGUUAUAAUGAAUUUUUUUUUCCACUGUGACUUUUUCCUUUUAACUUUCUUUAUUGAGGCUUUUUUCUCCUGUGACUUUUUCCUUUUGACUUUCUUUCUUGAGGCUUUUUUCCCCUGUGACUUUUUCCUUUUAACUUUCUUUCUUGAGGCUUUUUUCUCCUGUGACUUUUUCCUUUUGACUUUCUUUCUUGAGGCUUUUUUCUCCUGUGACUUUUUCCUUUUAACUUUCUUUCUUGAGGCUUUUUUCCACUGUGACUUUUUCCUUUUAACUUUCUUUCUUGAAGCUUUUUUCUCCUGUGACUUUUUCCUUUUAACUUUCUUUCUUGAGGCUUUUUUCUCCUGUGACUUUUUCCUUUUGACUUUCUUUCUCGAGGCUUCUUUCUCCUGUGACUUUUUCCUUUUAACUUUCUUUCUUGAGGCUUUUUUCUCCUGUGACUUUUUCCUUUUAACUUUCUUUCUUGAGGCUUUUUUCCACUGUGACUUUUUCCUUUUAACUUUCUUUCUUGAGGCUUUUUUCCACUGUGACUUUUUCCUUUUAACUUUCUUUCUUGAGGCUUUUUUCUCCUGUGACUUUUUCCUUUUAACUUUCUUUCUUGAGGCUUUUUUCUCCUGUGACUUUUUCCUUUUAACUUUCUUUCUUGAGGCUUUUUUCUCCUGUGACUUUUUCCUUUUAACUUUCUUUCUUGAGGCUUUUUUCUCCUGUGACUUUUUCCUUUUAACUUUCUUUCUUGAGGCUUUUUUCUCCUGUGACUUUUUCCUUUUAACUUUCUUUCUUGAGGCUUUUUUCUCCUGUGACUUUUUCCUUUUAACUUUCUUUCUUGAGGCUUUUUUCUCCUGUGACUUUUUCCUUUUAACUUUCUUUCUUGAGGCUUUUUUCUCCUGUGACUUUUUCCUUUUAACUUUCUUUCUUGAGGCUUUUUUCUCCUGUGACUUUUUCCUUUUAACUUUCUUUCUUGAGGCUUUUUUCUCCUGUGACUUUUUCCUUUUAACUUUCUUUCUUGAGGCUUUUUUCUCCUGUGACUUUUUCCUUUUAACUUUCUUUCUUGAGGCUUUUUUCUCCUGUGACUUUUUCCUUUUAACUUUCUUUCUUGAGGCUUUUUUCUCCUGUGACUUUUUCCUUUUAACUUUCUUUCUUGAGGCUUUUUUCUCCUGUGACUUUUUCCUUUUAACUUUCUUUCUUGAGGCUUUUUUCUCCUGUGACUUUUUCCUUUUAACUUUCUUUCUUGAGGCUUUUUUCUCCUGUGACUUUUUCCUUUUAACUUUCUUUCUUGAGGCUUUUUUCCACUGUGACUUUUUCAUUUUAACUUUCUUUUCUGAGGCUUUUUUCUCCUGUGACUUUUUCCUUUUGACUUUCUUUCUUGAGGCUUUUUUCUCCUGUGACUUUUUCCUUUUAACCUUCUUUCUUGAGGCUUUUUUCCACUGUGACUUUUUCCUUUUAACUUUCUUUCUUGAGGCUUUUUUCUCCUGUGACUUUUUCCUCUUAACUUUCUUUCUUGAGGCUUUUUUCCACUGUGACUUUUUCCUUUUAACUUUCUUUCUUGAGGCUUUUUUCUCCUGUGACUUUUUCCUUUUGACUUUCUUUCUUGAGGCUUUUUUCUCAUGUGACUUUUUCCUUUUAACUUUCUUUCUUGAGGCUUUUUUCUCCUGUGACUUUUUCCUUUUGACUUUCUUUCUUGAGGCUUUUUUCUCCAGUGACUUUUUCCUUUUGACUUUUUUUCUUGAGGCUUUUUUCUCAUGUGACUUUUUCCUUUUAACUUUCUUUCUUGAGGCUUUUUUCUCCUGUGACUUUUUCCUUUUAACUUUCUUUCUUGAGGCUUUAUUCUCCUGUGACUUUUUCCUUUUGACUUUCUUUCUUGAGGCUUUUUUCUCCUGUGACUUUUUCCUUUUAACUUUCUUUCUUGAGGCUUUUUUCCACUGUGACUUUUUCCUUUUAACUUUCUUUCUUGAGGCUUUUCUUGAGGCUUUUUUCUCCUGUGACUUUUUCCUUUUAACUUUCUUUCUUGAGGCUUUUUUCCACUGUGACUUUUUCCUUUUAACUUUCUUUCUUGAGGCUUUUUUCCACUGUGACUUUUUCCUUUUGACUUUCUUUCUUGAGGCUUUUUCUCCUGUGACUUUUUCCUUUUGACUUUCUUUCUUGAGGCUUUUUUCCACUGUGACUUUUUCCUUUUAACUUUCUUUCUUGGGGCUUUUUUCUCCUGUGACUUUUUCCUUUUAACUUUCUUUCUUGAGGCUUUUUUCUGCUGUGACUUUUUGCUUUUGACUUUCUUUCUUGAGGCUUUUUUCUCCUGUGACUUUUUCCUUUUAACUUUCUUUCUUGAGGCUUUUUUCCACUGUUACUUUUUCCUUUUAACUUUCUUUCUUGAGGCUUUUUUCUCCUGUGACUUUUUCCUUUUAACUUUCUUUCUUGAGGCUUUUUACCGCUGUGACUUUUUCCUUUUAACUUUCUUUCUUGAGGCUUUUUUCUCCUGUGACUUUUUCCUUUUAACUUUCUUUCUUGAGGCCUUUUUCUUCUGUGCCUUUUUUUCUUUUGACUUUCUUUCUUGAGGCUUUUUUCUCCUGUGACUUUUUCCUUUUAACUUUCUUUCUUGAGGCUUUUUUCUCCUGUGACUUUUUCCUUUUAACUUUCUUUCUUGAGGCUUUUUUCCACUGUGACCUUUUUCUUUUGACUUUCUUUCUUGAGGAUUUUUUCUCCUGUGACUUUUUCCUUUUAACUUUCUUUCUUGAGGCUUUUUUCUCCUGUGACUUUUUCCUUUUAACUUUCUUUCUUGAGGCUUUUUUCUCCUGUGACUUUUUCCUUUUAACUUUCUUUCUUGAGGCUUUUUUUCUCCUGUGACUUUUUCCUUUUGACUUUCUUUCUUGAGGCUUUUUUCCACUGUGACUUUUUCCUUUUGAUUUUCUUUCUUGAGGCUUUUUUCUCCUGUGACUUUUUCCUUUUGACUUUCUUUCUUGAGGCUUUUUUCCCCUUUGACUUUUUCCUUUUAACUUUCUUUCUUGAGGCUUUUUUCUGCUGUGACUUUUUCCUUUUGACUUUCUUUCUUGAGGCUUUUUUCUCCUGUGACUUUUUCCUUUUAACUUUCUUUCUUGAGGCUUUUUUCCACUGUGACUUUUUCCUUUUAACUUUCUUUCUUGAGGCUUUUUUCCACUGUGACUUUUUCCUUUUAACUUUCUUUCUUGAGGCUUUUUUCCACUGUGACUUUUUCCUUUUAACUUUCUUUCUUGAGGCUUUUUUCUCCUGUGACUUUUUCCUUUUGACUUUCUUUCUUGAGGCUUUUUUCUCCUGUGACUUUUUCAUUUUAACCUUCUUUCUUGAGGCUUUUUUCCACUGUGACUUUUUCCUUUUGACUUUCUUUCUUGAGGUUUUUUUCUCCUGUGACUUUUUCCUUUUAACUUUCUUUCUUGAGGCUUUUUUCCACUGUGACUUUUUCCUUUUGAUUUUCUUUCUUGAGGCUUUUUUCCUCUGUGACUUUUUCCUUUUGACUUUCUUUCUUGAGGCUUUUUUCUCCUGUUACUUUUUCCUUUUAACUUUCUUUCUUGAGGCUUUUUUCUCCUGUGACUUUUUCCUUUUAACUUUCUUUCUUGAGGCUUUUUACCACUGUGACUUUUUCCUUUUAACUUUCUUUCUUGAGGCUUUUUUCUCCUGUGACUUUUUCCUUUUAACUUUCUUUCUUGAGGCCUUUUUCUUCUGUGACUUUUUUUCUUUUGACUUUCUUUCUUGAGGCUUUUUUCUCCUGUGACUUUUUCCUUUUAACUUUCUUUCUUGAGGCUUUUUUCUCCUGUGACUUUUUCCUUUUAACUUUCUUUCUUGAGGCUUUUUUCUCAUGUGACUUUUUCCUUUUGACUUUCUUUCUUGAGGCUUUUUUCCACUGUGACUUUUUCCUUUUGAUUUUCUUUCUUGAGGCUUUUUUCCUCUGUGAGUUUUUCCUUUUAACUUUCUUUCUUGAGGCUUUUUUCCCCUGUGACUUUUUCCUUUUGACUUUCUUUCUUGAGGCUUUUUUCUCCUGUGACUUUUUUUUUCUAUUGAAUUUUUUUCCUUAGAUUUUUACGCCAGCAGUGGUUUUUUUCCAUGUGAAGUUUUUCCAAGCAACAUAUGUCCCUUUUUUUUUUACUGUGACUUUCGUUCCUAGCAAAAUUUCUCACCUGUGACUCUUUAACGCUCAAAUUACCCUUUUAUCGAUUUUUAAAUUGUAUUUUUUUAAAUCCUCAAUUCAUUUUCUAUCGUCUUUUAAUUUUUAAAAUUUAAACAAAAAAAAACUAAAAAACAUUAUAUCAGAUUAUGCAUAUUUUUGUACUCUCAGACAGGAAGGUUAGACAAGCCACCGUACAGAACCAUUAUGACAUCAGUUCCGAUACUUGUGUACUUUAUCGUCACGUGCGUGCACAUCUGGUGUUCCACGAUCUUCUACACUUACUUAGCCAUUUACUUCUCAAGGCUGCUGGGCUUUACAUACCAGGAGGUAAUCCUACUAGUC